AUGACUGACUCCCAGCGGCAAUUAUCUUUGUGGUUGACCGUAGAACAGACGCUUCAUCAUAUACUGAUCGACCGAAUGGUUUUAUUUCCCUAUUCCUCCCCGGCGCUCCUCUCUACAAAGGACGUCGCCUCAUUCUUCGAUCCACCCCGGUCUUCCAGUGAGUGCGGCCGAAAGCAGUCUAGCUCCGUGGUGGUCUCUCUGGUCACGGAUUUUCUCAGCAGCUCCUCCUCUUCUCCAACAUACAGUUGGCCACACCUCAAAUUGAGCCCUGCUGAGCACGACGAUCUGAACAAGUGUGUACCAGCCGAGAAGUUUGAGGGGUUUCGCCGUUACUACUUCGUCGCAACCCAGACCUUUUCGGUUGGCAUAGAGACCAAAACACAUGCAGUGGUCAACGCCGCUCUAUCCUUCGUCAUCUUUUCUCGAAUCAAAAAUCUUGCGAACGAACAUCCAGACACAGCAAUCGGUCGGUUUGCGGCCAAGAUCAUGGCGCAAGGCUCUGGGGACAUUGAUCUCGAGGAACUUCUAACCAAGAAUUCUCACAAUCCGGAUGGUUCGUUCGCAUACAAGGGCGCCAAAUACCCCGGAACCGUCAUUGAGCUCGCCCACUCGCAGCCAAAGGAGGCUCUUCAACAUCUUGCCUAG